ACGUGUAAAUCACACGGUGCUUGUAACAAGAACAUGCAGAUGUCAUACAGUUUGUUCGGGACAUAAGUUGUCACUGGUCCAUAAGCCACGAUCCCGUGGCAGUGAGUGUUGUUUCGGACUGUCUACAACGAAGUGCAAACGCGCUGUCCGAUUUGCGUUUUUUUUUCACCCCGUUUUUUUUUCUCACAGAUCAUCGCGGGUCCCGUUACCAGCUGCACACCACAGUGUCCAAAUAACCCGUGUGGCGUGCGCAUCUCAUCUGCGCUGCCCGUACGCGUACACACAGUGUGCUCUAAAGAAAAUAGUGAUUUAAAAGUCGUGCAAAGUUAGAAAUCUCACUGCAUCGAAUCAUUAACUAUUUCUUUUUAGCAUUUUUGGCCGUCGCGGUCAAAUCCAGUUUUUUGCCGGACCAAUGUAUAUAGACGCGUUUAAACGGAUGAUAUUUGAACGCCUCAGUUGUUUGAAGAGAAUGUGUGUAUGUCAGCGACAAUGCAGUUCAUUUGCCAUGUCUAAGGUUGCAGUGAAGAAACUGCAUUGGCGCUCUAAAGUGCAGGAGACCUUCAUACCGCUGGUGGGCAGCUCGGGGGAGCUGGGUGUGGCCAUCGGAGGCGGGGCUGAUUAUGGAGAGUUCCCAUUUGUCACCGCUGCACCUGGAGGAGGGAUCACUGUUGGAGAUAUCAUAAUAGAAAUCGGAGGAACGUCUGUUUUGGGCCUGACCUUAGGAGAUGUGCGCGGGGUCCUAAACUCCUGUCCCCAUCCCAUCCGCAUCAAGACAGUUUCUCCAGGUUCGACUCUAUGCAAGGACUUACGGUUAUACCUGAGCAAAUGUUUCACGCCUGGUUCUGUGGACAGUCAGCUCCAGCAGAUCAUCAGAGAAAACCUUUAUCUGAGAGCCGUGCCCUGUACAACUAGACAGCCGCGGGACGGGGAGAUCACAGGAGUCGACUAUAACUUUGUCUCGGUUGAAGAGUUCUUCUCGCUUGAGGAGUCUGGGGCGCUGCUGGAGAGCGGCAAGUUCAAAGGGAAUUACUAUGGAACCCCUCGCCCGGUCCACAUCAAUCCUGAUAGUCCUCCCAUCACCUACCAGGAGCACAGGAACCUGCUGAGGAAAUUUCGUACCCGCAGCAAAUCUCUCAGCAAUCUGGAGAAAGCAGGCGAGGAGGGUGACAACAGCGAGGAGGACUCAGGGCUGUCAGUUUUAGGAGGUUCGGCAGGGGUGAGCAGUGUCCCCGCCCACACUUCAUCCAGUAGCCAAUCACGAAAUUCCAGUAGAGGAGACGGCAGUGCCUUGGAGAAUGGAGUCGAGCCCCGUAGAUGUGCACAGGAAACAGAAAACUGGGAGAUGAUGUACAGCGACUCAGGGAAUCCCUACUACAAAGACCAUCAUCUGAAGCUAUCUUCUUGGUGUAGCCGCCAAACUCACAGCAGAGAAAACAUCCCAAUGACCAAAAUGGCAGAGUUUACAGAUCAGCCAGGUGAACUGAAAGGCUUUUCUGUUCACACCAGUCUGGUAAAGGGCUCAAGGGGCUUCGGCUUUAACAUUGUGGGUGGCAGCAGGCCUCGGGAGUUCCUGCAGAUCUACAGCAUCACUUCUGGAGGACCUUCCACCCUUAAAACCGCGGACAUUCUGGUGUACAUCAACGAUACCUGCGUGCUGGGCUGGACUCACAAAGAGGUAGUGGAGAUGUUAAAAGUCCUUCCAGUGGGUCAUACUGUGGACUUUGUGGUGCGUAGAGGUUACCCCAUGCUUUUUAACUCUGAUGGCAGUCCGAAGAUGCCCCACCAUAGGUUGAUGGCUUCCCCAGGCCGUGACUCACAGUCACUACAUCUACCUCCACCAACCACCACACAACCCAGAGCUCAAGCUCCCCUCCCUUAUGCUCAGCUACACCUCAACCACAACAGUCCAUCAUGGUCUGACUUUGAGAGAGGCUCCUCGAGACAUCUCAGAGCACGGCAGUCAAGGUUGAGUCUGGAUGCUAACGGUAAUUCAUCUCCUUAUGGUUCACCCUCAAGAGCUCCUUACCCAUACUCGAAUGGUUACGGGAGUGGCUACCUGAGACCGCAGCGCUCCUCAAGAGGGAUCGGAAGUUUACAGAAUGCAGAUCUGGCCAGCCAAAGUGACAGUGAAGUGGUGUCUGCUAUUGGAUCACACAGGGCCUCUUUUAUCCGCAACCACAAUAACAACACAAUGUCCACUCCACCACCUCGCCGUCUAUACUCCAACUUCAAAUCUUCCGAAAGUGACCUGUCCUCAUGCACUCCACCACCCACGUCGCGGUUGCCCCUGCCCCACACAGAAAUAAGUCCUGGGCCGCUUUCCUUUUCCCCCGGAAGAGAAAGACGCUACUCACAUCUCCGUCAGCAUGCGUUGCUGACCCCGCCCAACAGCGCCCAUUCAGACGGGCCUUACUUCACUUUCAAUGGGACGGCCAGCGCCAGCAGCAGUCCAAUCAGCAGCAUCCCGUCACCCGGAGCCAUGAGCAGUAUCAUCGGCAGUGGAUUUCCUGGAAAUGGGGAAUUAGUCCCUGUUGUCUUGGCUAAGUGUGAGAGAGGGAGCAACAUGGGGUUCAGUGUCACCGCCGGAGGUCACGGAGGCAGACAGACGCUUGUGAAGAAGGUCUGGGACCCAAGACAGUGUAACGGACUUCAGUCGGGUGAUGCUAUUGUGAAGAUCAAUGGAGCGGAUAUACAGAGUCUCAGUUUUGCACAGGUCCAAAGGAUUCUGCAGGAACACACAAAAAAAGGAGAGGUUAUUGUGCUAGUUUACAGAGGGGGUCCCUCACAUUACUCCAUUUCCCCUAAUUCUGUGCGUCGACUAACUCCUCCCCCUCCACGCUCCGCCUCUGACUCAGAAGUUCCUUAUACAGACUCCACCCCAUUAGCGUGCAACUCUCUAACCCCGCCCUCUCCAGCGCUAGUGCGCUCCUCAUUGGUUCAAAGCACCAGCUUUCUGGAUUCUGUACCUGUCACUCUCACGCUUGAGCCACGGGAUUGGAUGAGUUCAGAGGAAGGCGGGACAAUGCUCAGUCCAAGAGUUAAAACAGAAGGGAAAGAACAGGUCAUUAAGCUGCGAGGGUAUGAGGUGGAGCUAAAGAGGAAGUCAGGUGAAGGAUUUGGAUUUGUUAUCGCUUCUCAGGAUGUGGAAAAUGGCAAAGCAGCGUCUCUGCUCCCUCACAGGUUUGUGACAGUACGCAGAGGCAGCCCGGCGGCCCGCAGCGGUCAGAUCAGGCCCGGGGAUCGCCUGGAGGCGGUUGAUGGGAGAUCAGUGGUUAAUUUACCCCACAGAGAGCUGGCUCAGAUCCUGCGGAGAGCUGGAAACACACUGCGCUUAACCAUUGUACCACGCUCCAGUGCUCAUUCUUCAGAGCAUGCUGACCAUGACCCUGAUUCUAAGAACAGGAAAUCUCACAGGUCAAAAUCAAAGGACGCCUCGCGCUACUACAGUGUGGAGCUGGAGAGAGGGCCCACAGGGUUUGGUUUUAGUCUCAGAGGAGGGAGUGAAUAUAACAUGGGCCUCUAUGUGCUGGGGCUGAUGGAGGGAGGACCAGCCUCACGCAGCCACAAAAUACAGGUGAGCGAUCAGCUUGUGGAGAUCAAUGGUAACAGUACAGCAGGAAUGAGUCACGCUCAGGCUGUUGAGCAGAUCAGAACCGGAGGGAUCAGGAUACACCUCGUCUUCAAACGGGGCAAUGGAUACGUCCCUGACUACGACCGUGAUCACGUCGCAGCCGUCUCCUCCUCACCCCCGGCCCUGCAGUCGGGUUUGGCUGCAGUGACCCGUCGCCGCGGCCAACGGGAUGCCGCAUCCAGCAUUCCAAAACCAGUGAAGACCAAAAGGGGGCGGAGACAACAGAAGGGGUGGGGAAGCGAUGGAGGAGACCGAGAGAGCCCUGACAGUCACAAGGGCAGAAAUCAAAGCCGGGAGUGGAAGUUUGAAGAUGAAAGGAGGAAACGAAGGUCACAAAGCUUGCCCAGAGACAUACUGAAAGGACAGAGUAAAGAAAAAAUGGAGGUGCAAAUUGAAAAGGAAGAGAAAUGGAAGAAAAAGAAUGAAAAGAAAAGAGAACACAGGCCAAACAGGAGCGACGAGACGGUGAGAUGGGAGAGUAGCAAGAGCGAGGGAGCUGUGGAAAAGGAGGAAAGUCAGAACACACAAGACAUCCAUAACCAGAGACUUCCUGAACCUAAACUGCAGUGGGAGGAAGAAGAGAAGUGGGAGUGGGAGAGAGAGCCUGAGAGAGAGUGGAUGAGAGAGAGUGAAUGGCCGAGGCACAAUUCAGACAGCGACAGAGAGGAAGAUUGGGAAAGAGAGAAUGAGAGAAAGGUCAAAAAUGAAUUGCGAGAUUGGGAGUUGAACGGAAAAACUGAAGGAGGGAUACCUAACAAAAAACACGAAGAUGGAGUAGAAAGUAGUCGUAGGUCUCGUCCUUUUUCAGGCGUCCUUGUCCUGCCUCCAGCAGUUCAGCCCCGCCCACUUCAUCCCAGCACGUCCUUAUCUGGGCUUUCUUGUGAAGGGAAGCCUGAUUUCAAUCAGAUCCCGUUUGAUUUUCUAACAUCUGCCCCAUCCGACUACGCAGAUUCCGAGUCAGAAACCAGUGUAUCUGAUGGUAGUGUUUCGGCAGCCAGUAUCUCUGGUCUUUCUGCGUAUUUGAAUGAAGCACUGAACACAAAAUUCACUCAGAGGACCCCAGGACCCCCACUUCCAGGCCCCUGGCUAAAACCCACCUCACAUAGACACAUUAGAGAAGACAAGAGGAUGCCAAUAGUAGGGAGACGUAGAGGAGCAGAAACUUAAUUUGAUCCGAUUUUGAUGUUUACUAAAGCAAGCAUUACUGUAUCGAUAGGGAUUUAAAGCCGCAGUGUCGCAACCAAAACAGUGCGUAAACAAAAACAAAACGUUCUUCUUAUCUUAACUCAAUUUCCCAGAAGUUGACCCAAAGUUGAGCUGCUGGGUAUCAUUUUGGGAGAAAUGUCAGUUUGACGUCAAUUUGAUGUCAGUUUGAGGUCAUUUGAGUUAAGCACACGUAAAAAUACAGUAAGGAUGACAGGAAACCUGCUAUUUUAUUUUCCAACACAGAUGGCGAUAGAGAGGCAAAGUUACGGAUUGCAGUUUUUAACAAAAAUUUUAAGCAAGCGCCUUCAUUUUCUAAAUAAAAUGUUACUGUUAACAGUAUGAUGGUAAAAGAAUAAUUUGUGUAAAAACGUCAGUCCACGUCUAAUUUCUUCAAUAUGUUAAGUGAUUAUAAAUGGAAAGGUUAAGCUUAUGUAAUUGAAAUAUACAGCAGAAGACUUUAAAGAGUUUUAAAGCUCUCACUCCAGCUUGCUCUCUCCCACUCUUCUCUCUCCAUCUCUUGUUGUUCAUGAAGAAAGUCUGCAGCCAUAAACUCACCAUGCAUCUUUUAUUUUUAUAUCAGAAUGUUUGUAUAGUAUUUUCACUUGGUAUCUAAAGGGCCAAAUAUUCUUUUUACAUUUUAUAGUGUCCUAAGUCCAACUUUAACUUUCAGUACUUCACACACCCCAUCAUCCACAACAUUUUGAAAAGUAACAAAUUAAUACCGGAUGAUUUUCGCGCUUGUUGUGCAUUUUAUCUUGAUCUCUUCUGAGGGAAAUAUUCUUGUCAAUUUUUAUGAAUGGUAUAUAUAUACACUGUAUGUAUGUACAGUAUGUAAAAUGGAAGCGUUAAGAGGCCAUUUUCUUGUCCGUUUCCUUGUGUGUUUGUUUCAAUUUUAUGUACACGUACACAAAUGUGUGUGUGCCCUCUGGGUCUCUGACAUCUCAGGGAGCAAAUAUACAACCGUUGUUGAUCCUGAACAGGCACCUGUUUAGAGUAUGUUCCUUAUGCCAAGCCCUCAAAGUUGUCCUUAUGGUUGCCUUGGUAACAUAAGUCUCUUCCUGUCUGCAAGCUUUGACCUCUGUGACCUCAGAAACGUCAAACUAAAAGCAGUUUAAAAAUGACUUAUAUUGAUUAAUAUUUCUUUUAUACAUGGUUUACACAAUGUAACACAUUGGCCCAUAACAUAUGUACUGCGGCUGAAACACAUUCACUUUGUUGCAUAGAGAAAUUAAGGGAAUUUCAGAUCAUAACAAAAAUUAUGAAGAAUUUACGUUUUACCUCGUAUCAACAUUUAUUUUUCCAGCAAUAGGAUAUCAAUAGGAAACGUGAAUAGUUAUAAUAUACAUUUUUACUAAACAUAGAUGUUGGAGUUGCAAUACAGGCAUUGUGCCAACCCUAAAUGCCUCUUUGUUUGAUCUCUAUUGAUAAAAAGCUUGCUAAAGUAAAAGUGAGAGAGUUCUUGACUCAUAUAUUGCGUCCUUGUUAAAAAGUAGCUUGAUAUACUGACAAAUAUUUAGAGUUCAACCUACAAACUGUGCCUACUUAUCAGUUGUGUUCCUGCUUCCUAAUCUGCCAAAAUAUCACCGUUAUUUUUUCCAUCCUACUCUUAACCAGAAUUCAUACGCACAUUAAAUCUAUGCAUAUUUUUCCAUUUCAAACCACAGCAGAUAACCAGGACAGCAGUGUGCUCUGUGCACUCCCCCAGCAGGUCUGGGAUCAGUUUGUGUAACCGUCAUUUACAAGUCUGGUGUAAAUGGUUCACGAAUUAGAAAUAAAUGAGUGCAUCUUUAAACAUAUCAUGUUAUUCAGAGUUUGAGCCAAUGUCUCUAAUGAAUCUUCUGCUUCUCUGUUUGUCACCUGUAUUCAAUCUGAAGUGAGAGUUUUAGAGAUCGAGCCUUUACGUCAAUACUAAUCUCUAUGGCCAUAUGUACUGUUUGUAAAUACAUUUAAAUAGGCCUAUAUUAUUAUAAUUAUAUAAAUAUACAUAUAUUAUGUUUAUAUUAUGAUUAUAUUGUUAUACUCCACUGUAACCGUAACAAAUUAUAUGAGCGUUAUAUAA